AGUCCAAGGGGCUGAGCUAGAGGCUACAUGGGAAUAGAAUCUUUCCAUCCUUGCAAUGACAUCACUGCCCCAUACACACUGGAGAAACAUGGAGUGUGUCAGGAUGCAGGCCAACUCUGGGUACCAGAUCUAGCUGGUCUACAGGCAUGCUAUGACCUGGUAUGGGCUGGUGUUACUCUGGGACAUUACUGUCUUCAGGUUUUCUGCUUUGCCAUGGGUUGGCCCUGGGCCCCGCUGACGGCAUUUUGGGCCCUGGGGAUCAUGGGGGCCACAGCACUGCGUAUCGGAGCCUUCAAUGUUCAGAGCUUUGGAGACCAUAAAGCAUCAGAUCCAGACUGUGGCAGUGUCAUAGCACAGAUUCUGGCUGGCUAUGACAUCGCCCUGGUGCAAGAAGUGCGAGACCCAGACCUAAGUGCAGUGUCCUUGCUCAUGGAGCAAAUUAACAGCAUGUCGAAGCACGAGUACGGUUUUGUGAGCAGCAAGCCACUUGGACGUGACCAGUAUAAGGAAAUGUAUCUAUUUGUCUACAGGAAAGAUGUAGUGUCAGUGGUGAGCACGUACCAGUAUCCAGACCCAGAGGAUGCUUUCAGCCGGGAGCCUUUUGUGGUCAAAUUCUCAGCUCCUGGCUGUGGUGAGCUCAUACCCCCCCCCACACACACACCUCCCUCUUACAGGCUUUCCUUGACUCUCACAUCCCCACUUUCCACAGCCGCCAAGGAGCUAGUGCUGAUCCCCCUCCAUGCAGCGCCAAACCAGGCGGUGGCGGAGAUCGAUGCGCUCUAUGACGUGUACCUCGAUGUGAUUGACAAGUGGAACACGGAUGACAUGCUGUUUCUGGGUGACUUUAAUGCUGAUUGCAAGUACGUGAAGGCGCAUGACUGGCCUUCGAUCCGUCUCCGGAGCAGCCAAGUGUUUAAGUGGCUCAUCCCAGACAGUGCGGACACCACAGUGGGCAACUCAGACUGCGCCUAUGACCGGAUUGUAGUGAGUGGCGCCCACCUGCGCAAGAGCCUGAAGCCGCAGUCAGCCUCAGUUCACAACUUUCAGGAGGAAUUUGACCUAGAUCAGACCCAGGCUCUUGCCAUCAGCGACCAUUUCCCUGUGGAAGUGACUUUCAAGCCUCACUGAGAGCCAAGGCCUCAGGAUAUGCCACCUGCGAACUAUGACCCAAAGGAAUGGCACCAUAAUGAAUCAUUCAGGGUGGCAGGCCACCCACCCAUUGAGGAUACAGGGUAGAACCAGCUAGUGUGGACAACAGCUAUGAACACAUUACAGGAUUCCUUAAGGCUCCCGUUUCCUCAUCUGCAAGGUGGACUAAUAUCUCCUACCUCAUCGGGCUGCUGUGAGAACCCAGGAAGGGACCAGAGCAUUGAGUGCCGAGCGCACAGCUGCAUGCUUAAUAAACAAGCCGCUCUCAGCCAGGACUGCCCACAGGUCAGAUGAGGCCUCUAUGUGACGAGACCUCUGUACCUAGGCUGCAGAGCUUGGUCUUAAUGUUCA